AGUUCAGGAAGAAAUGCUAUGAGGAAGCACUUGGAGACUAUUCUUGGUGCCCGCUGAUAUUACAACUUUGUUUUCUACCCGAUAAACCCCAUUUCCUUGGUGUAUACUUAUAUAGUUAUAGUUCUUCUAGAGAUCAUCUCACCACACCUUGUUUCUCGUGUUACCCCUGGUUCCCUGGUUACCUGGUUACCCCCUCCUGUCCAGAUAUCAUCACCACAAGAUGGAAGUGGGAGUAAGAUGGAUUUGCCAGACUCUCACCAUUGCCUGUUGGUGCCUCACUGCUGUAAGAUCAGAAGAAGAAAAAGAGAAGGGGAAAGAGUGUAAUAACAUCAGUUACACUGACCCGAACAGACAAAAAGACGAGAACCUUAUAGACUGUCCGGACAACCAGGCCUACUUCCUAGUAGUUGCAGCUGCGUUUAUUGGGGGGCUGGUAGUUUCAUACGUCGUCCUGCAGUUCAUUAUCAAAUGCUCUCAGAUAGGCGCCCCCGCUGCCAAGAAAAAGGGUGCGGACAAGAAGAAGGAGGAGAAGAAGCCAAAAGAAGAGAAGAAGGAGAAGACGAAGGAGGAGGCCACCUCAAGUACAGGAGCGAAUGGAGGGGUCGCUACAAAUGCUUAGUAUGGUGGUGUGUUCUGCUAAUACCGGGGGUAGCGGCUGGAGAUAACAACACGGACUGUUCGGGUCCGGACUCGGAUUGUCUGAGUGUUGAUGUGAUCCUCUUCAUCAUGUUCUUAGGGGCAGUUACUCUGGGCAUGUUCCUCUCCUGGGUCAUUCUGUGGAUCAUCAUGAGGGUCAGCAGGAAGAAGUGAGUAAGAGUCAGUAAAGGGAGGAAGACACCGAGAAAGUGAAGUAUACCACAACAUCAGAGGUUACUUGAAACGAGAGCUCAGUAGAGUUCUGACAAGGCCGACUCAGCAAGCCACAAACACACUAAACGACUAUUCGGUGAGCCUGCCAACUACAUUGUAUUUAUACAUUAUACAAUUACAUUGUAUGUAUACAUUAUACAACCCAUUUUUCCGGCCAUAAGAAUGAAUAUCAGGCACUAAUAGUGACAUAACUGAUAAGGGGUCGUUCACAUAUUACGUAAUCACUUUUUGGUCAAUUUUUUACCCCCCCCGGCCCCCCUCGACUCCGUAAUCAGUUUUACACAUAAAUAUUGUAUCAAAAUAUACUAGCGUAAUCAUUUGGAAACCCCCCUCCCCCCUCGGCUGAUCACGUGAUAUAUGCGAACGACCCCAAAGACAGCAGUUGCUUUUACUUUUUUAAAUUCCAUGAGUAUCGAAUAUCGAUGACUGUUAACUUAGUCGAUCACUAACCAGUGCUCGAAUGUAUUUGAUUUAAGUUAUCCAAAAUUAUUGAAUGAUCGUCUUUUAUUUAAAUAUUCGUUGUUA